AUGGAAAUCUCAAAAAUAACAUCACCUAAUGAAUGGUCAUAUUUUGCAAAAGGUUCAGCAAAUAUUUUAUUUAAAUAUAUUGGAUCGAAUGAUUACCUAAGACAUAAAUUAUUACGACUAAGAUUAUCUAAAUUAGAUGAAGAAUAUAUUUCAACAUGUGAAUUGUACGAUUUUAUUGAAUUGAAGUGCAAACAUCUAUUUCCUAAACAUAUUAUAGAUAUUCAAUUAGUUGUAUUAACUUCUGAUUUUGUAAAUAGAUUAGAUUCCAAAGGUCAUAAAUUAAUGGUUAAAGAACGAUAUGGAUUAUUAUUACCAAAUAUUUUAAAUGGAAAUUAUAAACAAAUAAAUUUACUGAAGAAUUGUCAAUUAUAUCAUGAUGAAGAUGAUUCAGGAUCUAUAUCUUCGGUAAUUUUCGAAAUUAAACCAAAAUGGUUAUAUGAUAAUAUUUCAUCAAACUAUUGUCGAACUUGUUCAUUAAAUCAAUUUAAACAAUUUAAACGACAUUUUUGUCCUUUGGAUUUAUUAUAUACUGAGACUAUAGAUGAAGGUUUAAAAGAUUUAUUUUCUUCCAUACCUAAACAAACACUAGAUAAAAUUGAAAAUGUGAAUAAGAUACCAUUAUUCAAAUUAUUUCAAAUUUAUCUCAAUAAUGAAAAUAAUGUGUUUUUAAAACUUAAACAAUAUCAAAAAAUCAAUAAUAAAAAUGAUUUAAUCAAAAAUCUAACAAAUUCAAAUGAUGUACUGACUAAUUUAUCAUUAGUUAUGACUUUAAGAGAUGUUGGAUUAUUUAUUAAAUUUGAAAAAUAUGAUAAAUUUAAUAACUGUCAUAAUUCUCACAAUAAUAUAAAUAAUUUAAUUGAAAUUGAUAGAUUUGGUAAAUUUUUAAUAACUUGUAAUAUUUAUGAUUUAGAUUUAAAAUCAAAAAUGAAAUAUAAACAUUGGUUAAAAAUUGAAAAUGAUCUAAAAGAUAUUUACAAUUCAAAUAAUCCAAAUUGGAGACAUUGUAUAAGAAUAAAACUGGAAAUGAACGGUGUAAUAGAGUCAAACAUUUAG